AUGGACAUCCAAGUCACUCACUUCCAUCACAGCACCGCUUUCUCCGCGCGGAGCGAGCACUGAAAACCCGCUCGAGACUUCUCCUUCAACCUCCUCUUCCACCACCCUCCUCACCUCGCCUGUCCGUCGCGCCACCACCUCCUCCGCCGCUCACGCCCGAGCCCCUCCAUCCUCACUGCCGCAGCCAUGGCGCUGUCCAAGUCGAAUCGCAUCCUCAUCCUGCUGGUGAUCGACUCGCUCUUCUUCCUGCUCGAGCUCGUCACCGGCUAUGCUGUCCACUCGCUCGCCCUCGUCGCCGACUCCUUUCACAUGCUCAACGAUGUCCUGUCUCUCCUGGUCGGAUUGUGGGCCGUCAAGGCUGCGAACAAGACGGCCACUCCGAAGAUGUACACAUACGGCUACCAGCGCGCUGAAACCCUGGGUGCACUGGUGAACGGUGUUUUCUUGGUGGCACUGUGUGUGACCAUCUUUUUGGAUGCCAUUCAGCGAUUCGUCGAGCCUCAGGAAGUCUCGAAUCCCAAGCUGGUGCUGAUCGUGGGUUGCCUUGGUUUGGCGUCGAACAUGGUGGGACUGGUACUGUUUCACGAUCAUGGACAUGCCCACGGUGGCCACAGUCAUGGCCCUGCAGGUGACUCUGUAAAGGACGCUGAAGAAGGACACGCGGGACACGAUCAUGGGCACGACCAUGUUCACGCCAAUGGAGAAUCUCAUGCUGGCCACAAGCACGAUCACAAGGAUACUGCCAGCGAAGCUACCGCUAUCGCCGACGAUGCGGCCAACAGUCCUAAGAGGGCAAGACGGCACAGCAGGUCGACCUCACGAGGCUUUCCUGAAGACUUCUCGGGCCCCAGCCAGUUCCGAAACUCCAUCAUCGCCAUGGGCCAAGGCCGACUUGAUACUGUCGAUUCGGAAGAGGGCAGCGAGGCUGGUGAAAUCGUUCCAGCUCCAAUCUUGACUGAGGACCAGCCAUUGAUGGCAGGAACUGCACAAAAGAUCUCCUAUGGCAGCGCGGCAGCUGAGCGUAGAUCCUUUGACCACCGCGCACACAAGCACUCUCAACCACGGGAAGCUGGCAAGGGCCACGGCGGCCACUCGCACGGCGAUCUCAACAUGAAGGGUAUCUUCUUGCACGUCAUGGGUGAUGCCCUCGGCAACAUUGGUGUUAUCGCGACUGCUCUCAUCAUCUGGCUCACCAAAUUUCCUGGCAGGUUCUACUUCGAUCCCGCCAUUUCCCUUGUCAUCACAUGCAUUAUUUUGGCUUCAGCAAUUCCUCUCUGCAAGGCCGCAUCUCGAAUUCUCCUGCAGGCUGUUCCCUACGGCAUAGAGGUCGAUGAUAUCAAGGAUGAUAUUGAGGACCUCGAGGGCAUCGACAGCUGCCACCACGUCCACGUCUGGCAACUCAGCGACACCAAACUCGUCGCUUCUCUUCACGUUCGCGUCACAUUCAACUUCAAGGGUGAAGGAUCCCAACGAUAUAUGGCACUAGCUUCUGCUAUCCGAAAGUGCCUCCACGAAUAUGGCAUCCACUCAUCAACUAUUCAACCUGAGUUCCACUCCGAAUCAGAAGACGGAUCACAGCACGAGCUUGGUCAACCAUCACGAACAGGAUCCGUCCGUGGCGACACGUCUUGCCUUCUCGAGUGCACUGAUGAUUGCGGUGGAGGCAAGAGCUGUUGUCCUCCAGCCGGGUCGAGUGCCGAAGACAGUCACGACCACAGUGGGCACGGGCACUCGCACUAAGUUGACAUGAGUGUCUCACUUAAUCAUGUUCACCGAGCAGAGCUCCCUUUUGCUCUUCAGACUCGCUUCUCUCUGACCGCACCGAUUGCGGUACAUCAUGCUUCGCGGUUUACUCUAAUGCACCUCGCUGUCAUUAGUAUGGUGUUCGAUGACGUCUAACAGUACGGGCUCUUUCUGCCAAUUCUUUUCCUUUUUGUUUCCGCGAAAGAGCUUCCGGUAACACGCUGGCUGCGGGUCACAGGAUGCAAUGAGCAUGGUUUCAGCCAAGCUCAUAGGGGUGGCUCUAAUAUUUCAAGAUAUGUGGGUGCGCGUUGUGCUUAAUGGGUGGACUGGACAGGUUGGGCACGAGCUUGUGUGAGCAAUGUGUGUGGGCAUUCGCAAGGAGUGUGGUGUAUGAUAGAAAAGUCCCUUUUCGAACGGCCGACUGUGCGAGGGACCGAUAGACGCCUCUUCUCAGGCUUCCGGCGCAACAAUGUAUGAAGGUGCU